GAGCAGUCUGAAAGUCCAACCCAGAGUGGCACUUUGCCCUGUGGGCUGGGCUUAUCUUCCUAAUUCCAGUCUGGAGGCUGUCAGUCCUACAACUUCCCCAGCAUCCCAGCAUCUCCCCUGCAGCCAGCAUGGGAUGAUGCCAGCAUAUGCUGCCCAACAGCCAGAAGUGAUUUCAGAGCCCCUCAUUCCUCCAGCGACAGCCCCCUAGAUGAUGUCCUGCCACCAGCAUACCUGCAAAUUCCAGCUCUUGCUUUUGGCCCAGAGGCAGUCCAUCAAACCUAAAGCACAUCCCAUGGGACAUGCCCAAGAGGAAGAGAGGUGCUUUUCAGUCAUGGAGCUGCUCUCCUAAGCAUGAGGAGGAUCAUGCUUUCCUUCCUCUGCUUACUGAUGCACCUGCUUCAGGAUGAGACAACUUCGCUUUUAGUUUUGGAAAACCAAGACCUGCAAGAUUCGAUUAAGCCACAGAAGGUAGAGUUCCAUUCGUUAAAUUUCAACACCACUUUGCAUUGGCAGCCUGGGUGGGCCAGAGAGGCAAGAGAUGCGCUCUACUUUGUGCAGUAUAAAGUGUAUGGGCAGAGCACCUGGCAAAACAAGCAUGAGUGCUGGGGGAUUUCAAGCCAUGUCUGUGACCUAACACGUGAGACCUCUGACGUCCAGGAGCCUUACUACAGCAGAGUGAGAGCAGCCCUGGCUGGUGUCUAUUCCGACUGGAGCCUCAGCUGCAGAUUCACUCCUUGGCGAGAAACUAUGAUAGGACCUCCAAUGGUAACUGUGGUUCAUAGCAACAAAUCCAUAACAGUAAAGCUCCAGGCUCCACGUUCUCCUUAUAGAAGGAAGAGAGGCAGCAAAAUACCAAUGACAAAUUAUUAUGAGCUGCUGUAUCAAGUCUUCAUAAUUAACAACUUGCUAGAUGAGCAACACAGGGUCCUGGUGUAUGAAGGGAAAGACAAGGUUGUUAAAAUAGAAGAUUUGAGGCCUGGAGUCAGCUACUGCAUCGUGGCUAAAAUGUACAUGCCGCUGCUGGACCACAGCAGUGCCUACAGCAGCAGGCAAUGCACCGUGCUGCAGUGACAGGGCUGGCACCUCUGGGACAGGGACAAUGACAGAAGAUGCCUUCCAUCACAGGUCCAGCCAGCUGUAAAUCAACAUCUGCUCUCUAUGUCUGGAAUACACACUUGGAUACUGUUUAAACUAACCUUUGCUGCAUUAAAUUAUUUGAUUAUUUGAUCACAAUCCUUUUAUGCUACAUGAAGGUCAAGGAGUAUGUCCUGUAUUACAAUUUAUGAUGGUAUAUAUUUGCAUUUUCAAAGGUAAAAAGACUUGUAAUAUAAAAAUAAAACUAUGAAAAAGUCUUUGUGGAAAUAUCCUUAAGAUUGCUUCUAGGGGUUUUAUAUUUUAAGUCUUGAAAUUAAAAUACUAUCUAUAAAAUAGAAGUUUCAGAUAUUUCAUGUUUUCUACAAUGAUUACAACAGCAAAUGAAAAAAAGUGUCCUUCUUUUAAAUUAAGAAAUGUGCAAUACAGGCGUAA